AUGAAUCUUGAAGAUACUACAAGGAGUUCAAUAUCUAGAGAUAGUGGAUUUACCAGUCCUGUUACGUUGGGUUCACCAUUAGAACUAGAGUACAAUAGCUUUCAACAUCAAUCUUCACAAUACGGAAUAGACACUUCAGCUUUGCAAAUGCCAAGCACUACUACAACAACAAUCGAACCAAAUUUUGCCCAAGAAUUUUCAUAUGCCUGGAAUAGCAUUGUACCU